ACCACAUUUUCUCUCUCUAUGGUCUGUGUACCAAAACAAACGCACACACCUGGAAUCUGAUUUCCACACACAUUGACAUUGUUAUGUCUCCUCACUCAACAAAACCCUAAAAAAGUCCAAAAUCCAAAUUUUUUCCCUUAACCCACUCACGCACACACUAACCCCACUCUUUCUCUCUCAACAGCGAUACCUGUCGCCCUCAAUUGCGACUUUUGCACCACUUAAGAAGAUUCAUUUAACCUCUCUCUCUCUCUCUCACUCUUUCUAACUAAUUAAUUUAUAUAUAUAUAUAUAUACACAAGUUAGGGUUUUAUUUGACAAAUGAAUAAUCAACAACAUCAACAGUCACAAAUUGUGGGCUCGGGAACUGGAGGGAAUAAGGAACCGGAGGAGGAGAGUGUGGGCCAGUCCCUUGAAAUUGUGGCGAAGGGUGCCGGCUCAGAUAAGCCUGCCGGCGAGCCUGUUAGUAGCGAAGAAGAUAGUGUUGAAAAACCUGACGAUCCUAUGGAGGAGGAUUCUGUUAGUCCUGCUACUGUAUUUUGUAUUAGGCUUAAACAACCUCGCUCUAAUUUGCAGCAUAAAAUGAGCGUCCCUGAGCUUUGCCGCAAUUUCAGUGCUGUUGCUUGGUGCGGGAAGUUGAAUGCUAUAGCUUGUGCAUCAGAAACUUGUGCAAGAAUUCCUAGCUCCAAUGCAAACCCACCAUUUUGGAUCCCCAUACAUAUUGUUAUACCUGAGCGUCCAACUGAAUGUGCAGUUUUCAAUGUAAUAGCAGAUUCUCCUCGUGAUUCUGUUCAGUUUAUUGAAUGGUCCCCUACUUCUUGCCCUCGCGCCUUGCUAAUAGCUAAUUUCCAUGGGAGGAUAACUAUCUGGACUCAGCCUUCUCAAGGUCCAGUUAAUAUGGUACGUGAUGCUAGCUGCUGGCAGCGUGAGCAUGAAUGGCGUCAAGAUAUUGCAGUUGUUACUAAGUGGUUAUCUGGCGUCUCUCCGUAUAGGUGGCUUUCAUCAAAAUCCAGCAGCUCCACAAAUUCGAAGUCAACAUUUGAGGAAAAAUUUCUUUCACAGCAGUCUCAAACUUCAGCUAGGUGGCCGAAUUUCCUUUGCGUUUGUUCUGUUUUCUCUUCUGGCUCUGUGCAACUUCAUUGGUCCCAAUGGCCUCCUAGUCGGACUAAUGCAACACCAGAGUGGUUUUGCACGAGCAAAGGACUCUUGGGUGCUGGGCCUAGUGGAAUUAUGGCUGCUGAUGCAAUUGUGACAGAUAGUGGUGCCAUGCACGUUGCUGGUGUUCCAAUUGUAAAUCCUUCUACUGUUGUUGUUUGGGAGGUUACUCCUGGCCUUGGACAUGGAUUUCAAGCUACUCCAAAGACAAGUAUCAGCAAUGGGGUUCCACCUUCUCUUAAUCCACCUAAUUGGUCAGGUUUUGCUCCCUUGGCAGCAUAUUUGUUCAGUUGGCAAGAAUAUCUGAUAUCUGAAGCCAAGCAGGGAAGAAAGCAUACAGAUCAAGAUUUCAGCAACACCGUAUCACUUCAUUGUUCACCAGUUUCAAAUUUCUCUGCAUAUGUCAGUCCUGAGGCUGCAGCCCAGUCUGCAGCAACUACUACUUGGGGCUCUGGAGUUACUGCUGUUGCUUUUGAUCCAACUCGCGGUGGCUCUGUGAUAGCUGUUGUGAUAGUUGAGGGGCAGUAUAUGUCUCCCUAUGAUCCAGACGAGGGUCCUUCGAUUACAGGAUGGAGAGUGCAGCGAUGGGAAUCAUCUCUUCAGCCUGUUGUUCUUCAUCAAAUAUUUGGAAAUCCUACUUCCAGUUUUGGUGGGCAGGCACCCAUGCAAACUGUAUGGGUGUCGAAAGUGGAUACUAGCAUACCUCCAACAAAUGAUUUUAAAAAUCACCAAACAGUUUCAGCAGGGCCUGCCCCAGAUGCAAGGAAGGCAUCUGAUUCUGGUGUUGAGAAGGCAAAAAGUCUCACUUUUGAUCCCUUUGAUUUGCCAAGUGAUGUUAGAUCACUAGCUCGAAUAGUUUAUUCUGCUCAUGGUGGUGAAAUUGCUAUUGCUUUUUUGCGGGGUGGAGUUCAUAUUUUCUCUGGUCCAAACUUCACACCUGUCGACAGCUAUCAAAUUAAUGUUGGAUCUGCAAUUGCUGCUCCUGCUUUCUCUUCUACAAGCUGUUGCUCAGCUUCUGUUUGGCAUGAUACUAGCAAGGACCGCACGAUAUUGAAGAUAAUCCGUGUUCUUCCCCCUGCUGUCCCAAGUAGUCAGGUGAAGGCUAAUUCAUCAACCUGGGAACGUGCAAUUGCUGAGAGAUUUUGGUGGAGCCUUUUAGUUGGUGUUGAUUGGUGGGAUGCAGUUGGCUGUACACAGAGUGCUGCCGAGGAUAAUAUUGUUUCACUAAACAGUGUCAUUGCGGUCUUGGAUGCGGAUUUUCAUUCUCUUCCUUCGACUCAGCACCGGCAACAAUAUGGUCCUAGUCUAGACAGGAUAAAAUGCAGGCUUCUGGAAGGUACAAAUGCUCAGGAGGUUAGGGCAAUGGUUCUAGACAUGCAAGCAAGGUUGCUACUUGAUAUGCUGGGAAAAGGCAUUGAAUCAGCUUUGAUAAAUCCUUCAGCACUUGUACCUGAACCAUGGCAGGCUUCUGGAGAGACAUUAUCUGGCAUAGAUCCUGAAGCAAUGGCUGUUGAACCAAGCCUUGUUCCAAGUAUUCAGGCUUAUGUUGAUGCUGUUCUUGAUCUAGCUUCACAUUUUAUCACACGUUUACGACGCUAUGCAAGCUUCUGUCGCACUUUGGCUAGUCACGCAGUUACAGCAGGAACCGGCAGCAAUCGCAGUAUGGUCACUAGUCCCACCCAAAGUGCAGCAUCUCCUGCAACGAGUCAGGGAGGUCAAAAUGGUACUACAAGUUCUACAGGGAGCACUCAGAUGCAAGCUUGGGUGCAAGGUGCUAUUGCUAAAAUUAGUAGCACAAAUGAUGGAGUAUCCAAUGCAACUCCAAAUCCCAUAAGUGGUCCAUCUUCCUUUAUGCCAAUAAGCAUCAAUACUGGAACUUUCCCUGGAACACCAGCUGUCAGGCUAAUUGGAGAUUGCCAUUUCCUCCAUAGAUUAUGUCAGCUCUUGCUUUUCUGUUUCUUCUUUCGCCGAACACAACUACCACGAUUUAUUGGGGUUGCACAGAGGAGUACUGAUACAAAUAUGCAAAAACCUCAGUCUGGUGCUCCUGGAAAGGUGGAGGAGGCUAACUCCGUCUCAUCCAAACCAGCACAAGCCAUGGUCAGAUCAGAUGAAGUCCAGACCGCUCGAGGUGGUCAGCUUGUGCCGGGAGGUAAAGGAGUUGAAGAAGGACCUGCUGGCCGGUCGAGAUUAGGUUAUGGCAAUGCUGGUCAAGGGUACACUUUUGAGGAGGUGAAGGUCCUUUUCCUCAUACUCAUGGAUCUAUGUCGACGAACAGCAGCUUUGGCACAUCCAUUGCCUGUUUCUCAAGUAGGUAGCAGCAACAUCCAGGUGCGGCUGCAUUAUAUCAAUGGGAACUAUACUGUCUUACCAGAGGUUGUAGAAGCAUCCCUUGGCCCGCAUAUGCAGAAUAUGCCCAGGCCCAGAGGUGCAGAUGCUGCUGGUUUGUUACUCCGUGAGUUGGAACUGCAUCCUCCAUCUGAAGAGUGGCACAGGCGGAAUAUGUUUGGUGGUCCCUGGUCUGAUCCAGAGGAUAUUACUUCUGCAGAUGAUACUCCGAGGAUGAGCAGUUAUACAGAUUCUCUUGACUUCAGUUCAUUGGAAAAUUGUGAUGUGUAUUAUGGGGUCAACGGCCUAUGGCCAAGGAAGCGUAGGAUGUCUGAAAGAGAUGCAGCUUUUGGCUUGAAUACCUCUGUCGGCCUAGGAGCAUACCUUGGCAUUAUGGGAUCUCGAAGAGAUGUUGUUACUGCAGUAUGGAAGACUGGUCUUGAAGGGGUUUGGUAUAAGUGUAUAAGAUGCCUGCGACAGACUUCAGCUUUUGCUUCACCAGGUGCUACAAAUCCACCUAAUCAAAAUGACCGAGAGGCAUGGUGGAUCAGUCGUUGGGCCUAUGGAUGUCCUAUGUGUGGUGGAACAUGGGUUCGGGUUGUGUAGAUGAGACUGACUUGCUUGUUAAUGGUUAUCUAAGAAUAUGGGCUCAUACUCACGCCUAUCCUCACAUUGAAGCAAAUUCCAGACUGAUGUACAUAUGCUAUCUGAUUUUGAUGAUUAAGCAACUAUCUAGCUUUUGAUCACGAUGCUGGGGAUAAUCGUAGGACAGGAGUGAGAUGUUGGCCCAUCAGUUGCUGUUUGGCGUUUAGGAGUGAUGGACUACUUGUCCUGCCUGUGGCUGCAGAGAUUUAAUGCUCUUCCAACCGCGUCAGAAGCUAGUUGUUUGUACAGUACAACCAUUUCACUGUAUUAGUUGGUUACGUGUUAAUCUUGCGAGAAAGAGGCUGCAGUGCAAGCAACAACGUCGGAUCGGCGGGGGUGGUUGUUUUGGGAAACAAAUGCUAAAGAACAUUGUUGUCAUUGUCAGGAUUUAGUAUACCUAUUAUCCCUCCCCCUGAAUUGAGAAAUAAAUGUAACGAUUAUUACCAUUGUAGAUUAUAGAUUAUCAAAAGAGAGAAAAAAAAAAAAAAAGAGCACCAUUGUAGACUAUAGGUAAUGGAGGAUUGGCCUGUAAGCAAAUCACAGAGAUUGCAAUAAUUUUGCUUUUACUGUUUUGGAUUUUAAUCCAUUAGUUAGCUAAAGAAAGUAUGUAACUUCUAUUUUGAGAAA